CUCAAGUUCAUUAUCAUUUCAAUUCAACCACAAGCAUCUCUUUUCUCACACAGCAAGCGUAUCUUUACUUCUAGCAUCCCAAGCGUUAUACUUUUUGAACAAGCACCUAUUCCAAGCAGGGUCAAGUCUUAAUCAUGCCACCAACUCUCCAUCUCGUCCGCCACGCCGAAGGCUUCCACAACUGCUCCUGGCAUGGAGAGAGUAUCCACGACCCUCUUCUCACGGAAAAGGGCGAAGCCCAAUGCGCCGAGCUUUGCAAGAACUUUCCUUACCACGACAAGAUUGACCUUCUGAUGGCCUCUCCCAUGAAACGCACCAUCCAAACCUGUAAACUCAGCUUCAAGCCCGCCGUCGAAAAGGGCCUUAAAAUCAUGCUCAUGCCUUUAGCUCAAGAAAGCUCCAACGAACCAAUGGACACGGGCUCCGAAGUCUCGGAGAUCAAAAACAUGUUCGGGGACCUCGUAGAUGAACACCGCAUCACCGACGUUUUCCCCCACUGGACAUCCAAUUGCGGCCGCUUUGACGAGGACCCAGAAGUCAUGAUUGAGAGAGCUACCAUGCUACGUCUGUUUAUUAGGGAUAGAGAGGAGAAGAAUGUGGUGUUGGUUUCUCAUGGCACUUUUGCGCAUGCUAUUACGGGAAAUUUCUCGAGAGAGGGGGAGCAAUUGACGAGGAUGUGGGAGAAUGCAGAGUGUAGGAGUUACACCUUUGAUGAGGGGGAGGGGGCCAAGAUUAUUGAAACGGAGGAGAGUAUUGCUAGGAGACCUGAUUUGGAGAGAAAGGAUUCUCCUCAAGCCAAGUGAUUUGUGGGGUUUCUUUGUACGAUGAUGCAUAUGUAUGAUUAUGAUUGUAGGAGUAUGAGAAUGAAUUCAUGGGUAUGAAUAUCGUUGAUGAUUAUGCAGAACACACUUCCCCCUCUAAGCUUCACUCUCAAUCUCCUUGAGCAAGGUAUCGGCAGCCAGUUUUCCGAGGUUGUUGGAUGCCAGAGGAGAAUCUCCAGUCAAGACAUAUCUAUCCUGGUGAGUUUCUCCAGUGAUCUUCUCGUUCAAAAUCUGCACACCGAGUCUCUGCAGCUCUUCACCAACCAACCACUUCAUCUUGCCUGGGAUGUAUCCGAUGUCAAUGUUUGCG